UAGAUUUUAGAUUAUAAGUCUAGAUUGUGUAGAUUUAUUAAUUAUAAUUGAUUCUAGUCCUGUUACUCACUGUGUGUUAGUGUACUGUUAGUUACCUGUUGACAGUGUUGAAGGUUACAACAGUUACGUGGUUACCAGGUACCUGUAGCAAACUAUGAUGACACUUAAAGCUCAAACAGUAUUAGUAACAGGUGCUUCAAGAGGACUAGGAUUAGAAUAUGUAAAACAAUUAUUAAUGUUUGAUAGUGUUGAAUUGUUAAUAGCCACAUGUCGUAACCCGGAAAGCGAAAGUGCUAUCGAACUUCUGUCUAUUGCGAAACUUAACCCUGUGGUUAAGAUAGUGAAACUUGAUGUUGAAAAUGAUGAAAGUUUGGAAUCAGCUUUUCAGGAAGUGAGACAUGCAGUUGGAGAAUCAGGGCUUAAUUUAUUAAUCAGUAAUGCUGCAAUUUAUGAUCGAUCAGACAGUGGCGGUAUCUUAGUGCAGUCACGAGAGAAAAUGCAAACACACUUUAAUGUCAAUGUGACAGGUCCCAUUUUGUUGGUUCAGAAAUUCCUGCCACUGUUACAGCAGGCUUCAAAAAGUAAAAGUAAAGAUCCAUUGAGUUGCAGCAGAUCUGGUAUUGUCAUGAUGUCAUCUAGAGUGGGUUCUCAGAACAUAGCCUUCAAUGAUGGUCCUGAGGCUUCAUUGUCACUGCAUUACAAGUGUUCCAAAACAGCAUUGAACAUGGCCACCAUUCUGAUUUCAAGAGAAGUUAAGAAAGAUGGAAUAUUGGCUUUUGCUCUGCAUCCAGGCUGGGUGAAAACAAAAAUGGGGACAGACAGAGCGCCAAUGUAUCCCUGUGAAAGUAUAGAAAAGUGUCUCAAAGUGAUAGCUGGUGUUGGAGAAGAGAUACAUGGAAAAUUGAUUGAUUUGAAUGGUGAAAUUAUUCCAUUUUGAAUGCUUGAAAUAGUUUGACAUUGAAUGGUGAAAUUAUUCCAUUUUGAAUGCUUGAAAUAGUUUGACAGUCUAAAAUGUAUGGUUCAAACUACAGUGCAAUAAAAUAUGCAUGAUACAACUAUA